AUGGACGUGGAUCCCUCGGUGCAAGAUGCGCCGGAACAAGAUCCUUUGCCAGAGAGUGUGCCGGAUAAUGCGCCGGAAGGUGUGCCCGAGAGUAUGCAAGAUGCACCAAAUCAAGUCGAACCGUCGCCUCCGCAAAAACCCAUCGAGACUUUACACCCAUCUGGCGACGACCUGCUCAUGCUUGAGCAGCUUUUAUCUGAAAUUUACAUUCCACUACUAAGUCAAAUCGAUCUCCGCGAUGAGCAUGAUUCGGCAACGCAUGCAAGAGGGCCCGAUGUAUCCGGUUCCGAGCACAUACUUGACGAGCAAACUGUAAAUGGGGCAGCAGGAACGGACAAGUCCGAGGGACUCCGAACUGAGCUCGUUGUAUCUAUCCAAAAGUUUGCUAGUCAAAUAUCUCAUACCGCUCAACAAGUAUCCAGUGAAACGAGGCUGAAAAUCCCAGAAGAGCUAAAUGUCCUACAAGGGCUAUCAGAUUUAAAUGAGGCAGUGAGGAACACGAACCUGGUCAAAUCAUUAGAGACAUUGGCCGAGGAAUGGAUUGAUACGGUGACCAAUGUGUUGGCAAGGGAAGCCAAAAAGACGCCGGUCGGAAACGGGCCGUUGGCUGAAAUUGAGUUUUGGCGAGACCGUAACGCGUCCUUAUCCACUCUCUAUGAACAACUCAACCUUCCCAUUGUACAUUCCAUUGUACAAAUCCUCACAAAAGCACAAUCACCCGUAUCCUCCUCCCUCGAAUUCCAACUCGGGGAGUUGAACAAGUUUUACACGGAAGCAAAAGACAAUGUCAAAUUCCUUAGUACCCUUGAACGGCACUUUAAAAACAUUAUCACAGGUAGUCUCAACAGCGUCCAAGACUCGCUUCCGUCCCUCUUGAAUGCUAUACGUAUGGUAUGGAUUAUUUCUCGGCACUAUAAUCGGGAUGAGCGGAUGGUGCCUUUAAUGAGCAGAAUUGCAUGGGAGUUGGCAAACAAGGUGGCCAACAUUGUGAAUAUUCGAACGAUAUUCCGAGAACCCCCGGUGGAAGCCAAGAAAAAAAUUGUCGAUGCAAAAGACUUGUUGGAAAGCUGGCGGAAAACGUAUUUCACUGUUCGAGAACGAAUUGAACAAUCUGGGCGUGAUCAGCGGUGGGAAUUUGAUCGCAAGAAACUCUUUGAACAAACGGAUUACAUGGCCCUUCGGUGUGCGGAUUUUUACAAGAUUGCCGAAAUUAUGGAGCAGUUUUACAGUAUCUUUGGACCAGAAUUGAAAGCUGUUACUGGAGAUCCACAGCAAAUCGACGAAGUCAUCAAACGCGUUGAAAACCUCGUAGUCCCCUUUGAAUCCGUUCCAUUUGAUGUGUUUUCCAAAAAGUAUCAAACGGCUUGGGAAACACUCAUGUCCCGCUUUCGAGAGCAAAUCGUUCAAAUUGAAGAUAUGGCAAAACAAUUCAUUGACGCCUCGUUCAAAAAACUGCGAUCAGCAGAAGGAGCUUUUGAUCUCUUGCAGAAUAUUAAGAAUAUUAAAUCGAGAGAAUCAAUCAAUAAUCAGCUUAUGGGCAAGUGGUAUGAAAUUCUGGAUCAAUAUGCUAGAGAGGUGGAUAUCAUUGAUGAGAUUUUCAAAAGUCACAAGGAUAAUCCUCCCUGUACGAAAAAUCAACCAAAAGUUGCCGGUGCCAUAGCGUGGUCCCGCUCCCUCUUUUAUCGCAUCAAAAAGACGAUUGUGCGGUUUCAGUCUUUGCAAGAGAUGCUCGCAAGUGAUCAAGGUCGAGCGGUUACAAAGAAAUACUUGACAGUAGCAAAAGCGAUGCGAGAAUACGACGAGCAGCUAUACAAUUCGUGGUGUCAGUCCGUUGAAGCCAAUUCUCUGCAAUACCUCAAAUCCCAUAUUCUCUCCAAAGACGCUGGAGCGGCUUACACGGGUACCGGAGCACCUACCACACCGGAUACCUACACGGGCGGAAAAGGCGAAACGAAUCGAAAGGUUUAUGUCAACUUUCGCCCCGAGUUGAGGGAUAUCAUCAAGGAAACAAAGUAUUUGGAUAAAAUGGGGUUGACUGUCCCUGAGGUGGCUUUGAAUGUUGCGUUGCAGGAAGAGAAAUACUACACUUAUGUGGAAAACCUCAACACAAUGCUCAAUAGCUACAAUUCCAUCCUGGAUGUCCUAGACAGUGCCGAGCGCAAAUUACUGCAAACCCACAUUGCAGAACUCAAGCGUGUCAUGAAACCUGGUUUUACGAGGUUGAAUUGGAACUCGCUUGGAAUACCAGAGUUUAUCUCCCGGUGUAAUUCGGAAAUCAACAAGUUUUCGUCCAUGGUCAACCAAAUUCGAAAGAAUUCUGCCAAUAUUUCCAAUGCAGUUGACCAAAUCUCUUGCGCGAUGCUCAUCAAAGAACCGCCAACGGAUAACAUUCUAGAUGCCCAUGAAUUUUUCGAGUUUGAGCACAAGAACCGUGCGAACGUUCUUGAGACCAUUGUUCAGAAAUACAAGAGCAUUGGUCCGCUUCUUAUUAAAAUGGAAUCACUUGUUGCAGGGACCAAUACGGGGAAAAGCAAGAUGCUACGAGAAUACUAUGCACAUUGGGAGAGAAAAGUGUUUUCUGCAUUAAACUAUAUGGUAGUUAACAAUAUGCAAGUUCUCGAAAACAUGCUCAACCUUCGUACGAACGCCCGUCGUUCCAAACGCGCCAUUCAUAUAUCAUCCAUCACAAAACCCCGUCGAAGCGUCCCACUUUUCAAAGUCAGCGCUUCCCUCUCUGCCCCCGAAAUCGUCAUAUCCCCACUCUCGGCCGAAAUCUUCAAAAUGAUGGUCAAACUCGUGCGAUCCAUUGUUGAUUCCACCAAGCAAUUUCAUCGAUGGAUGAAUGGUACUUGUAUUAUUACACCACCGCAAAAGGUUGCUGAGGAUGAGGACCCGGUGACAUUCAAUUUUCAUACCGACUUGUGUGCGAAUCAAACGAUCAUUACCAUGAUUGGAUCUCUGAAUGCUUCCAUUACCAAAACCUUUGGGGGUUUGAACAAGUGGCUGGAUACGUGGAGAAAGUAUCGGCCGCUAUGGAAGGUUGACAAGGUCAUCACCUUGGAAAAGUUUGCACAAAAAAAGCCGUCUGUUGUCAUGUAUGAUGACAAGCUCGCAUUUUACUCCAAGCUAGCAAUAGACGUGCAGAGCAAUCCGAGUUCCAAAGAUCUGGACUUUAUCCGUGUGAUCUCGACACCGUUACAAGCUGCCAUUCAUAACGAAGCAAAAGGCUGGAUUGAUUCAAUUGGAAAACAUUUGAAUAAUAUGGGAAGAGAAGGUCUCGACCAACUACACGAGCGAAUGGCAAACUACACGGCAGAUUUACAACGAGUUCCCGAGACAUUAGAUGACUUGACAUUUGUCCUAAACAUUAUUGCAGAGCUACGAUCCGCCUCGGAAGAUGUUGAAAUGCGGUACAGAGAUAUCAUGGAGGCAUAUCGGACGUUACAAAUGUACAAUAUACAAGUUGAUCCCGCCGAACUAGAGGCCGCCAAUUCUCUUCCCGAAAGUUGGCAAGCCAUGCUAGUCAAAGCCAAACAAGUCGACGAUGACCUUAUACCCGUCAAACGAAAAUUCACGGAAACAACUGAAAACCAAGUCAAAGAAUUCAAAGCUGAGCUCAAAAGAUUCAAGGACGAAUUCUCCGCUACGGGACCGGGUGCAAUGGAUUUGGAUAUGGAUCGUGGGUUACAGUUGUUAAAGGAAGCAAAAGAGGUCAUGGCCGCUCUCCAAUCUAAAAGAGAAGCCCUAGUCCGAGCCGAGAAAUUGUUUAAUUUGAACAUUACGUCUUACCCAGAACUCCACGAACUCGAAAACGACAUUAAAGAGCUUGACAAGAUUUAUGUACUCUAUAUUGAAGUCAAGGAAGCCAUAUCAUCGUGGUCUACAACACUAUGGGUCAAUCUGGAUAUCAACGUCCUAAACAAGGGUGUUGAAACCUUUUCAACGAGAUUAAAACGUUUACCAAAGGAACUUAAACAAUUACCACCUUACAACGUCGUAGCCGAAAAAAUCGUCACCUUCAAGGACUCUAUUCCCCUCUUUGCCGAUCUCAAAAAUGAAGCUCUCCGCGAACGACACUGGAAACGUUUGAUGGAAAUCACUGGAAAAUCCUUUGACAUGAAUCCAGACAGUUUUACCCUUGAAAAACUCUUUGCCAUGAAUUUACAUGAACAUUCUGAAGCCAUUGGGGAGAUUGUCGGUGGUGCCAUGAAGGAACUCGGUAUCGAAAAUGGAAUCAAAGAAGUGGAAAAUACGUGGAAGAAUUGUAAAUUCACCAUUGUAAAGUAUAUGAAAGGCACCGAGGACCGAGGAUUCAUUCUUGGAGCCAUUGACGAGAUUGUGUUGAAUCUGGAUGAUAAUGCCAUGUCACUUCAAUCCAUGGGUGCAUCACGAUUUGUCGCUGCCUUCCUCCCAGCCGUACAACAAUGGGAAAAAAUUCUAUCCCAUGUCGGGGAAGUAUUGGAAGUAUGGAUGGUCGUUCAACGUCGCUGGAUGUACUUGGAAUCCAUUUUCAUUGGAGCGGGUGAUAUCCGUAUGCAGUUACCUGAAGAAGCGGCCCGAUUUGAUCGUAUCGACAAAACAUUCAAGAAACUCAUGAGCGAUACUGCGAAACAUAGUCUAGUACUAGAGGCAUGUAAUGCCGAAGGAAGGUUACAGCUGCUUCAAAAUCUGUCAAAUGAGCUUGAAGCCUGCCAAAAAUCCCUAUCAGACUAUCUAGAAUCCAAACGAAAUGCUUUUCCGCGCUUCUUUUUCAUCUCUGACGAAGAGCUCCUAUCUAUUCUUGGAAGCCAUGAUCCCAAAAACGUUCAAGAGCACAUUAUCAAAAUGUUUGAUAACGUCCUCAAAUUGAAUUUUGGGACCGGCAAGAACGAAAAGGCUGUGGUAGGCAUGUCAUCUUCCGAAGGUGAAACCCUCGACUUUCGACGAGUUGUCCCCGUCGAAGGGCGCGUAGAAGAGUGGAUGACGGCAGUUGAAGCUGAAAUGAAACGAUCCAAUCGUACCAUUCAUAAAGAAGCUGUCUACUAUUACCCAGACAUGGAACGACUUGCUUGGAUCCAGGCUUACCAGGGUAUGGUAGCCCUUGCUGGUUCCCAAGUGUGGUGGACAUGGGAGGUCGAAGACGUCUUUCACAAGAUUAAAGGGGGAAACAAGCUAGCCAUGAAAAAGUAUGCCAAAACACUGGGAGACCAACUCGAACAACUUGUCGUCAAAGUCCGAUCCGAUCUAAACUCCAAUGAUCGCAAAAAACUCAAUUCGCAAAUCAUCAUUGACGUCCAUGCUCGUGAUAUUGUAGACCGUUUUGUUCGUGACUCUAUCAUGGAUGAAACUGAAUUUGAGUGGGAAUCCCAACUUCGAUUCUAUUGGGAUAAACAAGCCGAUGAACUUCUCGUUCGACAAUGUAAUGGUGUGUUCGACUAUGGAUAUGAAUACAUGGGUUUGAAUGGUCGAUUGGUGAUUACACCCCUCACGGAUCGAUGCUACCUCACCUUGACGCAAGCACUGUCAAUGAAAUUGGGUGGAGCUCCUGCCGGACCAGCAGGCACAGGAAAGACUGAAACCGUCAAAGAUUUGGCCAAAGCAAUGGGAUUACUUUGCAUGGUGACAAAUUGCGGUGAAGGAAUGGAUUACCAAGCCAUGGGAAAGAUCUUUGCUGGUCUCGUUCAAACCGGUGCGUGGGGUUGUUUUGAUGAGUUUAAUCGUAUCGAGUUGGCAGUCCUUUCUGUCAUCUCUGCUCAAAUCAAGACCAUUCAAAAUGCCCUCGUGAUGAAUUUAAAGAGAUUUCAGUUUGAAGGGAAUGAAAUUGGACUUGAUAAAAAGACGGGUAUCUUUAUUACCAUGAAUCCUGGCUACGCUGGACGCACGGAGCUUCCAGAUAACUUGAAAGCUCUUUUCCGUCCUGUCGUCAUGGUGGUACCCGAUCUCGAAUUGAUUUGCGAGAUUAUGCUCUUUUCAGAAGGGUUCACGCUCGCAAAAAGCUUGGCGAAAAAAAUGGUGGUCUUGUAUAAACUCGCCAAAGGUCAACUAUCCAAACAACACCACUACGAUUUUGGACUUCGAGCCUUGAAAUCCGUGCUUGUCAUGGCUGGCUCUCUCAAGCGUGGAUCACCGGAUUUGAAUGAAGACGUUGUACUCAUGCGUGCACUGCGUGACAUGAAUCUCCCAAAGUUUGUCUUUGAAGAUGUGCCGCUGUUCCUUGGGCUUAUCACGGAUCUCUUCCCUGGCCUCGAUUGCCCACGUGUGAGAUACCCCAACUUUAACGACGCUGUCGAAGAGGUGUUGCGAGAGAACAAUUAUAUUUUGGUUCCGGAGCAGGUGGAUAAGGUUGUGCAGCUUUAUGAGACGAUGCUUACACGUCACACUUCCAUGGUCGUUGGUCCAGCGGGUGGAGGGAAAUCCGUUGUCAUUGACACACUCGCCAAAGCUCAAACCAAGCUGGGUGUGACAACCAAGCUCUAUACGCUGAACGCCAAGGCAGUCACAGUCGCGGAACUCUACGGUGUUCUUGACCCAGUUACUCGAGACUGGACAGACGGAUUGCUCUCCAACAUUUUCCGUGAAGUUAAUAAACCCACAGAUAAAAAGGAACGAAAGUACAUUGUGUUUGAUGGCGAUGUUGAUGCUGUUUGGGUCGAGAACAUGAACUCGGUCAUGGACGACAACCGUUUGUUGACCUUACCCAACGGUGAGCGUAUUCGACUCCAGAAACACGCAGCACUCUUAUUCGAGGUCGGUGAUUUGCAGUACGCAAGUCCCGCGACAGUAUCCCGUUGUGGAAUGGUGUACAUGGAUCCCAAAAAUCUCGGGUACAAACCCUAUUUUCAAAAAUGGGUCAAUGCACGGCAGAAUAAAUCCGAGGGAGAUAUUCUGCUCCGGUUGUUUACAAAGUACGUGCCACCAUGCGUCGAGUACGUCCUCGAGGGAACAUUUGAAGGGUUUGUUGCGGAGCCUUUGAAGCGAGUCAUCCCUGUCACUGCACUCGCCAUGAUUUCCCAACUUUGUGCACUCUUGGAAAUGCAAUUAACGGACAAUAAACAGCAUUCACAAGAAUCGGUCAUUGAAGGGAUUUUCAUCCAGUCUCUGACGUGGUCCAUCGGGGCAAGCCUUGUAGAAGAUGACCGAACCAAAUUCUCGGAUGCCAUUAAGAAGCUGUCCGAAUUACCGUUGGUGCAUACUGCCGCAGCCAUUGCGCUUGGUCAAUUGCCAGGAAACGAAAAGUCCAUUUACGAUUACCACUUUGAUGCUACAGAACUGCAAUGGAUACCCUGGAGCAACUAUGUCCCCUCUUACGAACACAAUCGUUCACAGUCAUACCAUGAGAUCCUGGUACCUACAAUGGACACCAUCCGACACUCGUGGUUACUCGAGAAACUGGUUGCCAUUAGACGUCCGGUCUUGUUUGUCGGUGAGACGGGAACAUCAAAGACUGUGACUGUUCAGAAAUUCUUGCGAGGAUUACCUUCCGACAAGAAUUUCCUCCUCAAUAUCAACUUUUCAUCCCGCACGAGUUCCUUGGAUGUUCAAAAGAACUUGGAAGCCAAUGUCGAAAAGCGGACCAAGGAUACCUAUGGACCAGCUGCUGGAAAGCGCAUGAUUGUGUUUAUCGACGAUCUGAACAUGCCUGCAAAAGACACUUACGGCACACAGCAACCCAUUGCGCUUUUGAAACUACUUAUUGAGCGCGGCGGUAUUUAUGACCGAGGCAAGGAGCUCAACUGGAAAUACUUGAAAGAUGUCCAGUUCCUAGGUGCGAUGGGUACGCCCGGAGGAGGCAGGAACGACAUUGACAUCCGCUUUGCAUCCUUGUUUUGUGUCUUCAAUAUCACUUUCCCGAAAGAGAACAGUCUGCAAAGGAUUUAUUCCAAUAUCCUACAAGGCCACCUAACGCCCUUUUCAGAGGGUAUCAAGCAAAUAGGCGACAGACUGACCACAAUUACUCUAAAACUGUACGCGGAGGUUUCCAAAAAUCUCAUGCCAACUCCGAGCAAGUUCCACUACAUCUUCAACCUUCGUGACAUCUCCCGGGUUUACGAAGGCUUAUGCUUGGCAACUCCGGAUCACUUUGUCGAAGCAAAACACUUUGUUAGACUCUGGCGAAACGAGGUUCUCCGCGUCUUUUACGAUCGACUGGUCACGGAUGCUGAUCGCGACUAUGUCACCAAGCUCAUCAAUCGACUCGUACUGGACAACUUUGAAACCGAUGAAGAGUACAUUACACGGAACCCCAGUUUGUUUGGCGAUUUCCGGCAUGCGAUGCAUGAAGAAACUGCACGGUUGUAUGAAGACUUGCUCGAUUUUACUGCUGUCCGGUCUAUAUACCAGGAAAUCCUAGAGGAAUAUAAUGAAAAGUUUAACAGGAUGAACCUUGUUCUCUUUGAAGACGCUUUGGAGCAUCUGACGAGGAUUCAUAGAGUCAUUCGUAUGCAACGUGGUCACGCUCUGUUGGUAGGUGUGGGAGGAUCUGGUAAACAGUCUUUAACCCGCUUAGCUGCUUUUGCUGCUGGGUGCUCCGUGUUCGAGAUCACCCUUACUCGAGGCUACGGAGAAGCAGAGUUCCGCGAAUCUCUAAAGACGCUGUACUCCCAACUGGGAUCUGGCAAGAAAACUGUGUUCCUAUUUACGGAUGCCCACGUCGUGCAGGAAGGGUUUCUGGAACUCAUCAACAAUAUGCUCACCACUGGUAUGGUACCAGCACUCUAUGAAGAUGACGAAAAGGAUGCGCUAUUGGGGUUGAUUCGAGACGAAGCGGUUAAACAAGGGAUUGUUCAAACAAAGGAAAAUCUUUGGCAAUACUUUGUCAACAAAUGUUCGAAUAAUCUACACGUUGUCCUUUGCAUGUCCCCUCAAGGAGAUAAGUUACGAGAUCGAUGCCGAUCUUUCCCUGGUUUGGUCAACAAUACCAUCAUCGACUGGUUCCCACCAUGGCCUGAGCAAGCACUCUUCUCCGUUGCGGAUGCUUUCUUACGUGAGGAUUUGGUCCCUACUGAGCAUCGAGGUUCGAUUGUGCAGCACAUGGUGGGAGUCCAUCUGUCAGUGGGAGUUGCGAGCAGCGAAUUCCUACAAAAAUACCGACGAGCCAACUAUGUGACUCCAAAAAAUUAUUUGGACUAUGUAAACACUUAUAACCGAUUGCUGGAAGAGAAUCGCGAUCUGAACACUCGCUCUUGUGCUCGUUUGGAAACUGGUCUGGGAAAACUCGAGGAAUCAUCGCGACAGCUGGAUGUCCUCAAUGCACAGUUGGCUGAACAGAAUAUUGCAGUCAAGGAGAAGACCGAAGCAUGUAACAGGCUGCUGGAAGUAAUUACUAGCAGCACAAAGGAAGCUGAAGAAAAGAAGGAGCUAGCGGAAAAGAAGGAAACCGAACUGGACGCCCAAAAUACGCAGAUUGCUAAAGACAAGGAAGAAGCUGAGGCGGCGCUUGCCGAAGCAUUGCCUGCAUUGGAAGAAGCUCGACUAGCAUUACAAAAUCUUUCUGCUUCCGAAAUCACUGAAAUUCGUUCCUUUGCCAAACCGCCCAAAGAAGUGCAAAAAGUCUGCGAAUGUGUUUGUGUUAUCAAGGGCAUCAAAGAUGUUUCAUGGAAGAGCGCCAAAACCAUGAUGUCCGCAACAGAUUUCAAAUCAUCUUUACAAGCCUUGGACGUUGAUGGAAUAUCUAGUGCACAAAUCAAGGCCGUCAAGGGCAUUUUGAAAGAAAUGGAUGUGUCCAUGCAGCGGAUGAAUGAAAUCUCAGCUGCUGGUGCUGGGCUGUUAAAGUUUGUACUGGCCGUGGUGGGCUACUGCAACGUCGCAAAACAAAUUGCCCCCAAACGUGCAGCUGUGGCAACACUGGAAAAAAAUCUUGCCCUAUCCAAAAAUGAGUUUGAGAAAAUCACCAAAGAGUUGAAACGGUUGAACGACGAGCUCGGUUCCCUGCAACAACAAUUUCACCAAGCAAAAGCGGAGCAGCUCGAACUUCAAAAGAUGGCUGAAAUUAUGGAGCGGCGCCUUCAAGCAGCCGAUAAGCUCAUUUCUGGCUUGGGUUCAGAAAGAAUCCGUUGGGCCAAAGAUCUAGAGUCCCUGAAGGAGCAGCGUAUCCAACUCGUAGGUGACUGCCUCCUUGUCUCUGGAUUCCUCAGUUACGCUGGUGCAUUCAACUGGGAGCUGCGAAACGACCUCAUCUACAAGCGAUGGAUGGUUGAUCUGUCCUCCAAGAGCGUUCCAAUCAGUGCCAAUUUCAAAGUUGAAAAACUUUUAGUGACAGAUGUGGAGAUGAGCAAAUGGAGUCAAGAAGGUUUACCCGCCGACGAACUAUCCAUUCAGAACGGUAUCCUUACCACCAAAGCCUCUCGCUUCCCCCUUUGUAUCGAUCCACAACAACAAGCUUUGAAUUGGAUCAAGAAGCGUGAAGCUGCCAAUAACUUGAAGAUAUCGUCGUUUAAUGAUCCAGAUUUUUUGAAGCACUUGGAAAUGGCAGUCACCUACGGUUUCCCCUUCUUGUUUGAAGACGUUGAUGAAUAUAUUGAUCCUGUUAUCGAUAACCUACUGGAGAAGAAUAUCAAAGUGCAAGGAGCCCGAAGGUUCAUUGUUUUGGGGGACAAGGAAGUUGACUACGACCCCAAUUUCCGAUUGUAUUUGACAUCGCGACUUCCAAACCCGACCUACACCCCCAAGAUGUUUGGGUCCGCCAUGAUCAUCAACUACAGUGUGACAUUCAAAGGGCUCAGUGAUCAGCUCCUGAACGUUGUCGUGGGACACGAAAGGAAGGAGCUCGAGGAACAACGCGAACGGUUGAUUGCCGAAAUGAGCCAGAACAAGAGUCUCUUGAAGGAUUUAGAGGAUACGCUGCUUCGAGAACUUGCAUCGUCCACAGGGUUGAUGCUGGACAAUGUGGAACUCAUCAGGACACUGGAAGAAACAAAAUCCAAGGCAACUGAAAUUGGACAAAAGGUGGUACUUGCGACCCAAACAUCAGCUGAGGUUGAGAUUUCUCGUGAUGCCUACCGCCCAGCCGCCAAGUGCGGGGCUGUCCUCUUUUUCGUCCUGGCGGGAUUGUCAACCAUCAACCCCAUGUACGAGUACUCACUUGCCGCCUUCCUUGAAGUAUUUUCCCUCUCGCUGCAUCGCAGCAAGCCCGAUGCUAACCUUUCAAAGCGAUUGACAAAGAUUAUGGAUACGUUGAAAUACGCCGUCUAUAACUACGCAUGCACGGGCUUGUUCGAGAAACACAAGCUCAUGUUCUCAUUCCAGAUGACGAUUAAGCUCAUGGAAGCGGAAGGGAUGAUUGACCCGGUGGAGCUCAAUUAUUUCCUCAAAGGAGAUAUAUCCCUUGAGCAACCCGCCACUGCCAAACCCUUUUCAUGGAUCACGGACCAGGGUUGGAAGGACCUUCUCCGUCUGACGACCCUCAAUGCCAACUUUUCCAUGUUGGCCGAACACGUUCGCAAAAAUGAAGAGGAAUGGCAAGGUUGGGUGCGACUUGAUGCUCCCGAAAAUGCACCAUUCCCAAUGGAUUACUCGAACCGACUGUCUCCCUUCCAACAGCUCUGCGUGCUCCGGUGUUUCCGCACCGACCGUGUCUACAAUGCCGUGACCAACUUUGUCAUUAAACACAUGGGAGAAAAGUACGUCAUGCCGCCGGUGAUCAAUUACCAAAACAUUUUUGAGCAAUCGACGCCGACGAGUCCGGUGGUCUUUAUCCUCAGUCCGGGAGCAGAUCCACAGAAUGACCUGCAGAAAUUGGCAGAGGCCCGUGGGUUUGGGGGAAACAGGCUCAAGUUUUUGUCACUAGGGCAAGGACAAGCCCCGAUUGCAUUGCAAUUGCUAGAAACAGCUGUAUCUCGUGGACAGUGGUUGAUGCUGCAGAAUUGCCAUUUGUUGGUAACUUGGUUGCGGACAUUAGAAAAGGUUCUCGAAAAGAUCGAGAAACCGCAUGUAGACUUUAGAUUGUGGCUAACGACAGAGCCAACACCCCAAUUCCCCAUCGGCAUCCUCCAACGAUCUCUGAAAGUCGUGACAGAACCUCCCAACGGACUUAAACUUAAUCUACGCAGUAGCUACUACAAGCUGACAGAGGAAACCCUACAAGACUGUGCUCACGAGGCGUUCCGUCCCUUGGUGUACGUUCUAGCCUUUUUCCAUGCUGUAGUGCAAGAGCGUGGCAAGUAUGGCAAGAUUGGGUGGAAUGUCAAAUACGACUUCAAUGAAUCGGACUUUAGAGUGAGUAUGACCAUCUUGCGAACGUACUUGAACAAGACAGCUGGCGUCAAGGACGCAAAGAUUCCAUGGACGACGUUGCGGUAUCUGAUUGGUGAAACGAUCUAUGGAGGUCGAGUGACGGAUGACUACGAUCGCAGAGUACUGAUGACCUACCUUGACGAAUACCUCGGAGAUUUCCUUUUCGACUCUUUCCAACCCUUCUUCUUCUACUCCAACCCACAAGUCCAAUACAAAGUCCCGAGACACGGCACCAGAGAUGACUACCUUACCUAUAUUGAAGGUCUCCCUCUGACAAACGCACCUGACGUGUUUGGUCUCCAUCCAGACGCGGAAAUCGGGUACCUCACCACAGCCGUAAAAGAUAUGUGGACGCAGCUCAUCUCGCUUCAACCACGGACUGCAGAAGGGGCAGGCGGAAUCAGUCGGGAGGAGUUUAUUUCCAAUAUUGCGUCAGACAUCCAAGCCAAACUCCCUACCAUGUUUGACAUUCCCCGAAUUUAUAAAUCGAUCGGCACGCCUUCUCCUACGCAAGUCGUCCUCUUACAAGAACUUGAACGAUGGAAUAUACUGGUGGACCAAAUGUCGACCUCCCUUCGAGAUCUGCGCCGAGCUCUUAAGGGUGAAAUCGGUAUGAGUGCUAAACUGGACCAACUUGCCAAUUCGCUCUUCAAUGGCAACCUACCCAGCAUGUGGAGAUCCCUCGCUCCACAGACAGAAAAAGGUCUCGGAGGGUGGAUCACGCAUUUCGAACGGCGCUUCCAGCAAUACUCCAACUGGAUCAAGAACGGGGAACCCGUCGUCAUGUGGCUAUCUGGCUUACAUGUUCCAGAGGCCUACAUCACCGCCCUUGUUCAAACCACCUGCCGCAAAAAUGGAUGGCCACUGGACCGGUCGACAUUGUACACUCAAGUCACGCAGUACACGGACCCCAAGGAAAUACAAGAACGCCCCUCGUCUGGUUGCUACGUCCAAGGCCUCUACCUAGAAGGCGCAGGCUGGGACAUCAAAAACAAUGCGCUCAUUCGUCUUGAAACUGGCGGAAGGCUCCUAACUGAACUUCCCAUCCUCCGCAUCAUCCCCAUCGAAUCACACAGACUGAAGCUCGUCAACACGUUCCGAACACCAGUGUACACGACCCAGCAGAGACGGAACGCCAGUGGAGUCGGGUGGGUGUUUGAUGCGGAUUUGAGUACGAAUGAUCAUGGGAGUCAUUGGGUACUGCAGGGGGUUUGUCUGCUUUUGAAUACCGAUUGAAGGAGCUUGUGGGUAUUGGUAGAGAUUUUGUACAUAAUAUUUAAUAAAGAUCUUGUCGAUUAG